AUUGUCAUUGAACGCCAUCUACCGAUCGACAGAAAACUGACAGUCGACCGACCGACAGCAGACAGCGGAAGAAUUUCAUCCAACCACUACUAGACCACACACGUCUUUUCUUUUCUAUUCCAUUGUUUUCUGUCGCAAAAUACAAUCGUAAUUUCACGCAGCAGUGAUUUUCAUCAAACUGUAUCAAAACAUGUGUUAAAACUGGACUGUGUAAUAAAGUGCACAAGAGUUCGCGGUGUUAAAAAACAUAUUUCCAGGAAUGGAGCCGUCGACGACAGACGCCGACAUCUUACUAUCAAGAUUAUUAUGAAUUGAAACAGCGAACCCUCGCUGUUAUGUCUCCUCUUAAGGUUUAGUUUGUCAACACACCACAAUGGACACCCUGCACGUGGGCCACGGGCACAGCCUCGGCUCCAGCAGGAGCCAGUCGCCAUCUUGCACAGAGCUGGCGCAGCCUGCCGCCGACUCCAUCAGGUCCCGCGUGCAGUCGCCCUCCACCGCGCUCCACAGCGAGCCAUCAUCGAGCUCAUCAUCUCGUCAUGGUGACCGCGUCACGCACCACGUCAAGUCGCACUCGCGGGACUUAGGCAACAGUCCGCUGUCCCGGGACCUGGGCAGCAGUCCCGCUACCACCGGCAGCGUGUCUAGAGAUCUAGAAGAUUCUCCUCAGAAGAAGAUCCUAGCCGGCAUCAUAGCGCCGGGCGAGUACGCAGCCGCGGUGUAUCACAGCCCUAACAACGCGUCUUAUCUCUCUUCUGCCGACGAAUACGGCUCACCGGCGUAUAGAGCAGCAGAUGGUGACUACACGAACCAUGACGACAACGAUGGCGCGAACACAACAUCGUCGAAAGCGCAAGCCGCCAUCAUGCAUCUACAGAGCAAGGUCGAGCGGACCAAGGAGCUGAUACGGCUGGAGCAGACGAUACGGGAUGACAACGUCAAUGAGUACCUAAAAGUAGCCGCCAACGCCGAUAAGCAGCAACUGCCGCGCGUCAAAGCGGUUUUCGAGAAGAAGAACCAAAAAUCCGCGCUCUGCAUCGCGCAGCUACAGAAGAAACUAGAAGGAUACAAUAAGAGAAUCAAGAAUUGGGAGAUGGUGAUUUCACAGCAACACGGGUCGAGCGGGCAGGCGCACCGGCAGCCCAGAGAGGUGCUCAGCUACAUGGGACAAGGGUUGAAGAGUGUAGGAGGCAACAUCCGCGACGGCAUCACGGGGCUCGGCGGCAGCGUGAUGGCCGCGCCGAGGGAGUUCGCGCAUCUCUUCUCUCGCUCUAACCGCUUCGGCUCCGCUGACAACAUCUCGCAGCUCGCCGAAAACACAGGUCCUUCCCCACCACACGCGGAACUGAGAGCGAACGCGUCCUCCGAAGGCUCGCGAGCGUCCGAGGCAGGGGAAGCUGCGCCGAGAGGGUCCACCUUGCCCCGAGCCGCCACCUCGCCCGCACCGAAGUUCUCCCCUGAAGCGUCUCCUAGUAGCAGUGUCACCAGUGAAGGAGCCGUGUAUCCGACGCAGCCGGGCUCCAACAACUUGUCAGAAGCGGCGCUGAGCAUCAAGCCGAUCCUUAGUGAACUGGCCGCGCGCCGCGAAGACUACGAGAGGCUCGCAGAGAAACUCGACGCGCUUAAGAACCUAUCACAAGAGGUGUCAGACCUGACGGAGCGGUUGCAGGAAGAACGGUUCAAGACUGAGCGGUUAGAAGAACAAAUCAACGAUCUCACUGAACUACAUCAGAAUGAGGUUGAAAAUCUAAAACAAGCUUUAACGGACGUAGAAGAGAAGGUGCAAUAUCAGAGCGAAGAGAGGAUACGGGACAUUCAUGAAGCGCUUGAUCUCUGUCAGACGAAAAUUAGCAAACUGGAGCAAUGGAUGGCGGGCGGCGUGGCGGGCGGCGGCGGGGCGGGCGGCGAGGCGGGCGUGGCCGCGCUGCCGCCGCGGCUGCUGCUCGUCAAGCUGCUCAACGUGGCGCUCACGCUGCUGCAGCUCGCGCUGCUGCUCAUGGCCACCAUCGCCGGCGUGGCCAUGCCCUUCCUGCGCACCAGAGUACGAGUCCUAACAACAAGCUUAGCCGUAAUGGUCGGCGUGAUGGUUCUAAAACAAUGGCCGGAGGUGACGCAGCUCUCCGAACACCUGGUCCGGCGGCUCAAGGAAUACCUCCUCGACAAACACCAUGACAGGUAUGAAUGCAAUGCGUUAUGUGGUUAACUAAACACAAUUCGGCGUUAUUGGUGAAUUAGGUAAAAUAUUGCAAUUUAGUCCUGUUUAUUUUGUCAUUAUGUCGGCAAAAUAUAUGUAACAUGGACGAAAUUGUGUUGACAUACUUAUGAUAAGUUAAAUAUAUACCGGUUGUUGUUCCUGAAAAGUGAAAUUUGACGAUUAUUUUUGACAUAAUUUAAUCAUCAGCAGGCGUAUUAUGGAUGGUUUUAUCCACGUGAUAAAAUAACAGUUGCUUUUUAACAUCGCAGGAUAGAAAGUGACGGAGACCGUUUUAUCACGCUGUCACGUAGACAAGAACGACCAUCAUAUCCGUACUGAUUAACUCAAUUUGACUAUUCAUUAGCGACAACUGUUUGUAUAUGAAAUAAAUGACAUGUGAAAUUAAACAUUUGAUAUUUGUAUCAAUGAUAAAAUAUUUUUGACAAUACUUCGACAGAUUUCUCAAACUGUUGUAUUGUAAAAUAGAAUACAAGCGGUUAAUUAUAAUGUAUGUUUUUUGUAUUAUUUUUUACUGAUACCAACUUGUAUUUUAUUAUAUAAUCAAACUUGUAUAAUUUUUGUAGUGGCGUGGUGUUAAUCAAAUAAAUAUAAACUUUAUUUCGCAUAGAACAAAGUUGCUAUUGUAUUUAUUCGACAUAGACAGCAAAGAAGUUAUUCUAUUAUUAAGCAAAUUUUCCAUUAGUUCAUUUUUGCAAUGUAGUUUAUAAAGAAGCUAGCUUAUCAUUGUCCUAAUUUUAUUGUUUAAAUGUUUAACCCACGCUACUAAAGAUGUUUUAGUGUCAUGAAUGCUCAAAUAUACAUAAUGUUUAGCCAAAUGUACAGAGGCAUGAUACUAAAAUUACUUACCUAAAGUUUUGGAACGUUUUGUGAACGCGAAAAUAUGUCAAACGCCGUGCUAUAUCAAAAGCGACCUUGUGCCAACUGACAUAGGUUGUAAUUUCACUUUUAACCUUCUGAACGCCACAGACGGCAAUUGACGUCAACGCAAAAUCGUGACAACGACGCCAAAGACGACAUUUGACGUCGAUCAUUUUUUGAUGAAAAUCUACUGAAUAACACCCCACUUUUAGAUUUGCAUUAUUUAUUCUCAAAACUAAAUUUAAUCCCCGUGGCGUCAGUGGCACGGCAAAUGGAUGCGCCGUUUGGCGUUCAAAAGGUUAACUGAAAAACAGGCGUCUAGAUACUUUUCGUCAUAUAGUAGACUAAGGCAGUCAAGUGAGCUCCUCUACAUAUAUUAUAACAGUGAUAUUCAUAGCUGUAUUUUACUUUAGUUGCGAUUUAGUAUAAUGAACAAUGUUUUGAAUACGGGCUGGGCCCGACGUAGGUCAGUGGUUACUCGCUACCAGCGUGUCUAAGUGUGGUAUUCCACCUGUCCAAUUUCUUAGUCCAAAUGUAAGACUAAAAUACACAUCGGACAAAGAAAUUUGACAGGUGGAAUACCGCCCUAAUCAAGGCUAGAAUUUUAGACGAAUUCUCGAAUUCAUGCGACACGCUUAUCACAAUCCUUUCUUCAUUAUCGUAGGUGACGGACAUUUUAUUUUACCAUUAGUUUUUCCGGAAAUUCGACGGUAGUAUUUUCUAUCAAAUUAUUUAUCCGCCACGUCGAGUUUCCGGGCAAACGGAUGUAGCACACUGUAUAUACUUUUUUUACGGGAAAGGAAGUUUGCCAUCACAUUAGCUUUUAACAUAAUUUUGAAUAUUUUUUUUACGGAAGGCUUUAGGCGGUAGACGGCGCGUUACUGCUCAUAUACAGUACUAGAGUACAGUCGCCAUCUUAUAUAUCGGAGCGGCCGAGGUGUUCACAAUAUCUGAACACGCACUCUAACGCCUUGACAAUAGAGGCGUGCUCAGAUAUUUGUGAGCACCUUGGCCGCCCCGAUAUAUAUGAUGGCUACUCUACUACGAUUUAUAAUAUAUGCCUCAGCAAUAAUUGCCAUCUCCGUGUUAAAUGCAGAUGUCAAAAACAUUUAAGAAACACAUCGACUGACGAAGCGCGUAUUUUAUAAAUCCUAGUACUGUAAUCUUUGUAAUUUUUUAGCAACUGUGGAUGUUGUAGUCAAUUUUUAAGAUUAUAAUGCAAAUUAAAAUAACAUAUGUAUAUUUAGCGAAAUAUCCUCUAGCGCGGAGUGCGGCCGCUCGCCCGUUAUAGUGUUUUAGUGAAUGCGGUUAUUUCUCAUUAAUAUGAUUAUUCAAGUGUCUUAUUCAAUGGUUAGCAAUAAUAUAUUAGGGUAAACUGUAAAGUCACUUGGCACGGUUAGCGGCACAUCAAAGAUCUAUUCAAUGAUAUCUAAAACAAUAAGAUGUCUGAAGAGAUCACUUGUGUUCAUAAUGUACCACAUUCAAAGAUAUGUUUACACUUUUCGCCUUAUUACAAAGGAGUAAGGUGCAAAAAUAUAAACAUAUCUUUGAUGUCCACUGUACAUCAAGCAAGGACUUAUAGAAAAUGUCCAGUAUUUUAGAAUAGUAUAGUCCUGCGAGCGUCCGCACUCUGCGUCAGGCUCGGUGAACUAUCUAGGAAAAUCUUUUUACUAGUACACUAAACAAUACGAUAUUGAUAUUUUUAAAGCGAAUACAUUCCAAAAUUUCUUACGGAAUAACUAAUGAACAUAGCCAAUACUUUUUAACUAGAUUUUUAGUCUAAACCGCCGAGUUGAGCAGCGUUGUUGCGAUGUACAAACUAUCGAGGUUUUGAUGCCGUUAAUCGUUAAGUUGUCGAUGUAAUUAUGUACAUAUUAUUUACGUUUUGUUCUGAAUAAGUUUAUUUUUGUGACGUUUUAUUGGCUCCUCGCAUGUUGUUGACGAAUGUAAAUGUUGUGCAUACGAACGAAAUGGCAAAUAAAUUAUUAUAAUAUACAGCCAAUUGUUGGACUCUUCAUUAUUGUGUUAUGUGAGAAUGGACAUCAAGGUACCUAUUAUUGCAAUGUGUUAUAGAGAUUCAAUUUCAUUUUGUAAACUUAGUGAACCAAGAGAGGUUUAACGUUUCUAGACACACCACACACCUUUAAUGAUAUUAAUAUGACAAAUUUUACUUCAAUAUUAUAUUUAACAAACUUGUUUAAGGUUUAAUACGGGUACCGACUAUACCUAAUCAUAUUUUUUUAAUAAAUAAAAUAUAUUUUAAUUAUAUCCCUGAUAACUUUUUCUUGGUUCACUCUCAUAGAAAAAUAGAAUUAUACCUGACAUUGUGCCCCAUAUGUAAAAUAUGAAGAAAUCUAUGACAAUUAGUCUUUUCACAUCCUAUAUGUAUGUCUGUUUCAAGAACGAGAAUAGUGUUCCUAUAGUUUGGUUAACGAAGAUUUUAAAUUAGUUAAAAAAUAUAAUACAUACCUACAUUAUAAUCACAUUGAAUCAAUGAAAUUAUUUAUUAAUUAUUUUAGUUGUGAAAACAGUAAAAGCGGAGAAUAGACAGUUAUAGAGGACUAAAUGAAGUCAAAGAAAAAACGCUGAAAAUUGUAAAUAAUAUACAAAGACAUUUUUGAAUCUCAUUCGAAGUGUCGGUGACUUUGGCACUCUUAUAUAACCUUCUAAUCUCUGGUAAGCCAGCGGACCUACCGCAAAAACCGAAAUUUCAUUAUCCGCCUCUUACUCUUGCAUAUCCGAGCAAUAGAGAGACAGAUAGUAAAGUUUCCAUUUUCGUGGUACGGGCCUUAGUUCUUUACGUAGUAUCACGUUGGUUUUAUUGUUUUGUAUCUCGUGGUCGCCCAUCGAAGUGAAGUUGUACAUUUGUAUUGGAUGAGAGUAUGAUAUUGUACAUUUUGUUGCCGGCUAUGGAUUGAAUUAAUGAAUUAAAUCAUCACAAACUUAAA